AUGCCGCCGUGCGCGACGUGCGACAACGGCACACUCUGCGUGCCGCUCUUCUCCUUCUGCUUCUCCUCCACGGGCCCCUCCUGCAAAGACGGCUCCGACUUCGGCGCGCCGUGCGCCGACUACCAGGUACCACCUGCCGACUACCAGGUACCACCUGCGGCCACCAGCCUGUGCCCCGCGGGGUCGUCCAAGUGCGCGGACGAGCAGCAGUGUGUGCUGGACUCGGCGCGCUGCGACGGCACCAAGGACUGCCGCGAUGGCUCGGACGAGGACCCCAAGACCUGCACUGCCUUCGACUGCUCCUCUAUUGGCAUGGAGCGGUGUCCGCUGGGGGCGGCGCAGUGCGUGGCAGGGUACCUGCUGUGCGACGGCAAGCCGUCGUGCCCCAACGCCACGGACGAGCACCCCACCUUCUUCUCGCAGUACCAGUGCAGCACGGACGGCCGGGUAAGUGCUUCGCCCUCCACCCUCCCCAUCCUUCAUUCUUCCGUGUUGUCACCCUCAUCACGCCUUGUCACUCCUUGCCUCCACGCGCACCCCUCUCUACGCGUCCUUAAGUCUGCAAGCAGCCCAUCGUCUCCCCUGCUCCCCGUCUGCCCCCAACAGCAACAGUGCCCGUCCGGCACGGGGUGCAUGUUCCUAGGACAGGCGUGCGACGGAGUGAGCGACUGCAGCGACGGCAGCGACGAGGACGAAGCUUUCUGCAAAACCUUCAACUGCAGCGAUGCUGGCAAGCCCUCUCCUCGCCCUCUCGCGUCACCCUCUCACGUCACCCUCUCACGUCGCCCUCUCACCCGCUGCGUCCCGACGUGCCGCCACCUGAGCACGUGUCCGAGCGGCGUGGGGUGCAUCUUCCCCGAUGCCAUGUGCAACGGCCACGCCGACUGCACUGACGGCAGCGACGAGGCCGCCGCCAUCUGCAACGACGCCUUCGACUGCUCCGCCACUGGCCGGGUGGCGUGCCCUCUGAAGGGCGGGUGCGUGUGGGAGUACCAGCUGUGCGACGGCAUGCCCGACUGCCGCGACGGCAGCGACGAGCUCCCGCAGUUCUGCUCCAAGUUCAAAUGCUCCAACUCCUUCCGGACGCAGUGCCCAGGAGGGCAGCAGUGCACGUACGACGGGCUGCUGUGCGACGGGAGGAAGGACUGCAGCGAUGGCAGCGACGAGGGCGCGCUCUUCUCAUCCGCUGCCGACUCACACGACUCGCUCCCCAUCCAUCACCAUUUCCUCCCGUCCCCUCCAUGCGUGCAUGUGGUGUGUCCAACUGUGGACGGCUCAGCGCCCGCGUGUGUUUCGGCCUCUCUGCUGUGUGAUGGCACGCCGCACUGCCCGGGCGGCAGCGACGAGGACCGUGCCUUCUGUGUGGACCACGAGUGCGCGCCCGGCCUCAUCAAGUGCCCCGGCUCGCUGCUGUGCGUGCCCGGCACGCUCUGCAACGGCUUCCCCGACUGCCGCAUGCCCACCGCCCUUGACUCCGCUCCUGACUCCGACCCUGCCACCGGCUCUGAUGCUGUUGCUCCAUUGACGCCCGCUGUCAUGCCUCACACCACCGCUCCCACAGCUACUCCUGGUACUGAUGGUACCACGGCUGGUGUGGGAGGAGUGAUGCAAGGCGGAGCUGCUGGUAACGUGGUCAUGAUGCUAGAGGGCGUGGCUGCUGACGAGGAAGGAGUCAGCGCUGACGAGGAUCCAGUCAUGUGCGCGGCAUACGAGUGCCCAGAGGGGUGGAGGAAGUGUGCGGACGGAAGGCAGUGCGUGUCAGAGGACGCAUGGUGCAGCGGCGUGAAGGAGUGCCACGAUGGGAGCGACGAGGACGAGGAGACGUGCACGGGAUACGACUGCGCCGCCACAGGCCGCGCGGAGUCGGCGUGCGAGCUGAAGCAGAAGUGCCCCGUGCGCUACUACAAGGACGCCCCUCUGCCCCGCCCCCUGCCGCUUCCCCAGCAGGACGGCGCCGUGCAGGUGGAGCCACACAGCGAUGGGGCGGAUGGGGCGGAUGGUCAGGCUGAUGGGGGAAACGGUGCAGGGGAGAGUGGGGGGGAGGCGGGUGGGAGCCAUCCGAAGAAGUAUGCCAAGGUGAAGACGGGCACAGGGAAGAGCGCUGCUGAUGGCACUGCUGCUGCUAGUGAGAGUGCCAAGGGGGUUGAGGGUGGGAGAAGGCCGGGGCACCAUGCGGCUGGAGUGGGGCACCAUAAGAGCAAGGGGCAGCACAACAAAACGCAAUCCAGUGCCGAGGCUGGCAGCGGAAGUGAGGGUGCCAAGUCCGGUGGUGGCAAGAAGGGAGUAAUUGGUAUGGAAGAGGCAACAGGAAAUGGAACGGGCAGCGGCAGUGGCAAGCCAGGGAAAGAGGGUAGUGGGAGCAGCAGUCCAAAGAGGCCUGGCAAGGGCGCGGGUCCCACAUCAGGAGCUUUAGGGGGAAGUAAGGGGAAUGGUACCAAGACGGGCAAGGGGGGAGUAGAGAGCAAUGGCACGACGGGAGGGAAGGGAGGUAAGAAUGCGGGAGACAGUAGCAGCAAGGGCACCACAAGCAGUGGGAAAGGCAUCAAGAGCAAUGGCGAUAGCAGCAAGGGCAGCAGUGGCGACAGCAAGGAAGGUAAGUCAAGCAAAGGAGAUCAAGUGAAGACCGACAGCAGCAAGUUUAAGGGAAGCAGCGGUAGUGGCACCAUUGGCACGAGCGAGGCAAAGGCGAAAGGGAAGGCAGAGGGAAGCAAGGGGCCUUCUGCUGAAAAGGUGGCUUCGAGUGGAAGUAUGCAGGCAGAGGGCAAGGGGAUCACGGGAAGCAACGGUAGCAAGGGAAGCCAGACGAGCAAUGGGAGCAAGGAGAAAAAGGGGAGCACAGGCAGUGCUGCCAAGGGCAAGAGGGGUGACGGCACAGGUGUGACCAAGGGAAAGGGCUGA